AGAUGUGGGGAAAAAAAGUUGUUCAACACUGUAACAAAAAAGGUUGAGCUUUGAGCCAUGUCAUUGGCUACUAAGAGUCUGACAGGAAAGUGCAAUGGCUCUUGAGGUCUGGGCACAGUCUGCUAUAUAUGUAUUGGAAUAGACAACAACUUCACUGACUCUACAACAGCGCUUGCAUGGUGAACUAUCAUCACUCAGCUCAACAGGAACAGUAUGAGCGCUUCUGUGGCCGUGUACAGGAGUAUUUACACAGAGGACCAAUUCAAACAGGCCUACGGCUCCGAGGACAGCACGAGUGGAAGUCUGCGUCUCCGAGAAAAGCUCGCGGGGAGGUGCAGGUGUUCAAGGCGAGCCUGCCUUCACCUGUUGAGGGAGAGAGUACCAAUUUUCAACUGGCUGCCGAGAUACAGGCUCAAGAAAUGGAUUUUAGGAGAUACUAUAGCGGGACUGACAGUCGGCAUUCUUCAUAUUCCCCAAGGCAUGGCUUUUGCUUUACUCACAUCAGUGGCACCAAUAUUUGGCCUUUACACCUCCUUCUUCCCUGUGGUCCUCUAUAUGUUUUUUGGCACAGGUCGCCAUGUGUCCACAGGUACCUUUGCUGUGGUGAGUCUGAUGACUGGCUCUGUGGUGGAACAGCUGGUUCCCACUCCUCUGGAACUGAACGCAAGUUCGUCUGAAGCGGCUGACUUUGAGGCCCAGAGGGUUGGAGUUGCCUCAGCUGUAGCACUCCUCUCAGGAAUUAUUAUGCUCUGUAUGUGUGGUCUUCAGCUGGGCUUCCUGUCCACCUAUCUGUCAGAACCAAUUGUUAAGGCUUUCACCAGUGCUGCUGCUUUCCAUGUCACCAUCUCACAGCUGCAAAGCAUGCUGGGGCUGCGGCUCCCUCGCCACACUGGGACCUUCUCCCUCUUCAAGACUUUAGCGUCAGUGAUGAAGAACCUGCCUCACAGUAACAUGGCUGAGCUGCUGAUCUCCUUGGUGUGUUUGGCUGUCUUGGUCCCAGUUAAGGAGAUCAACAUGCGUUAUCGGCAGCGCCUGCGUACACCCAUCCCUGUGGAGAUCCUCACGGUGAUUGUUGCUACAGUUGUGGCCUAUGCCUCCUCGCUGGACUCGUCUUACAACAUUGAGAUAGUUGGCCACAUCCCAGCCGGAUUUCCAAGGCCACGGAUGCCUGCCUUGCACACUCUCCCUGACAUUGCUGGAGACACAGUAGCCAUAACAUUUGUUGGUUACGCCGUGUCGGUCUCACUGGCAAUGAUUUAUGCUGAUAAACAUGGAUAUUCCAUACAUCCCAACCAGGAGCUGCUGGCUCAUGGUAUCUCCAACACGGUAUCCUCCUUUUUCACAUGUUUCCCCAGCUCAGCCACUCUAGCCACCACUAAUAUACUGGAGAGUGCUGGAGGAUACACACAGCUCUCCGGCUUCUUCACUAGUCUGGUUGUUCUGAUUGUCCUGUUGCUGAUUGGACCACUGUUCUACUUUCUACCCAAGGCAGUCUUGGCAUGCAUCAAUGUCACCAGCCUCAGGCAGAUGUUUCUGCAGUUCCAAGACUUACCUGAGCUGUGGAGAAUCAGCAAGAUUGACUUUAUGGUUUGGUUGGUAACUUGGCUGUCUGUAGUGGUACUUAAUGUGGACCUUGGCUUAGCCAUUGGAGUGGUUUUUUCUAUGAUGACUGUCAUCUGUCGCACUCAAAGGGCUGGCUGUUCAGUACUUGGCCGGGCAAGCAACACAGAAAUUUACAGACCUCUGGAGAACCACAGCAAGUGCUAUGAGGUGCCUGGAGUGAAGAUCCUGACUUACAACGGGCCUAUUUACUACGGCAACCGUAGCUUCUUCAGGGAGGAGAUGAGCAGGCUGUUGGGCCUGACGCCAGAGAAGAUCCGCAGCUGGGAGAAGGCCAGGAAAGCCCUGGAGAAACGGGAGAGAGAGGCCACCAUCAACACUGUGGAAAGAGGCAUUGCAAACACAUCAUUUUCCUCAGAAAACGACUUUUUUAAAUCGGAAACAUCUGACAGUGAUGUCCAGGCAGUGUUAAUCGAUUGCAGUGGUGUGAUAUUUGUCGACGUAGCUGGAGCAAGACUCUUCACACAGAUGUGUACUGAAUGUCAGAAAGUUGGAGUUCAUGUAUAUUUGGCAAACUGCAAUGAGGGUGUCUUAAAGAUCCUAACAUCAAGUGGCCUAAUGAACUAUAUGAACCCUCAACAUAUUUUUGUCACUGUUCAUGAUGCUGUGAUGUAUAUUCAACAGCAGAAGGAAAAACCUCCAGAGAACACCACGACUGUUUGGGUAUGAGGCAUCAGGACAGUGACAAGUUGUGCUCCUUUCAGCCAAGUGUCUAGGAGUAAAAUGGCAGAGGGCAUUAGGACUCCUACAUUUGUUUUAUUAGCUGAGACCAUGCCUCUCAGCUGUAUUGCAGGACUCCAGCAUUUGGUCAAGACUGUACUGUAUUCCUGUGUUUCAAUGAAGCAGUAGCCUGUUGUAGCACUAUGUCAUGAAUUAAAAUGAUUAUUACAUUACAGUGUUACCAGUUUUCUCACAGAUAUUGGACUCAGUCUUGGCACACCUUAAUCUGGUAUAAAUAAACAGUCACAAUUUCAGAGGGCUUUAAAUAAGGCAGAUACAACAGACAAUCAUAUACUUAGCAUAAAGUAAUCUGACAAUACAAUUAUGGAAUUUUUGACUUAUGACUAUAAAAUUGUAUAUGACAGAUGUCAGUUGUUAAUUUGUCUGUUUUUAUCAUAUGCUGGAACAUUACCAUAGUAAUAUUUAUUUAGUUUCUGUUGAUUCUGUUGAUUGCAAUACAGAUGAAUAUACAUAAAGUGCACUGAAUAGUUUGUUAAAAUACUUUGUAUAUUUAUAUCUUUUGAAAUAUGUGCUUGAAUAUGCAAAUAUGUACAGUAAAUAUCAUCCCUUACUGCCUUAAAACAUUCUGUCUUUAAACUACAGAGAGACUGCACAAAAUAUUUUGUAAAUGAUGUUUGUAUUU